CUCCAGGGGGCGGCCGAGAGCCAGGCUGCGGAGGGGAGGCGAGCGGAGGCCUGCGCUCCUCGGAGCUGCCCGCCCGCGGCGGCCGCCGCCGGGCCGGGUCCAGCCGGGCUCCGGGGAGGCCAUGGUCACGGCGUGCGUGGGGCUCAGCUCACUGCUGGACGUGGGCAUGGCGAGGCUCGGGCGGAUGUGGAGGCCCCAGGAAGGGGAGCCGUUAGCCAAGCCCGGCCGGCCCCCGAGUGCCUCCUGGCGGAGAUUUUUAAAGCAUACAAUGUCUAAUGGUUAUGAAGACCACAUGGCCGAAGACUGCAGGGACGACAUCGGGAGGACGAACCUCAUUGUCAACUACCUCCCGCAGAACAUGACGCAGGAGGAGCUGCGGAGCCUGUUUAGCAGCAUCGGCGAGGUCGAGUCUGCCAAGCUCAUUCGGGAUAAAGUGGCAGGACACAGCUUGGGCUAUGGCUUUGUGAAUUACGUCACUGCGAAGGAUGCGGAGAAAGCCAUCAACACGCUGAAUGGCCUGAGGCUGCAGUCCAAGACCAUCAAGGUGUCUUACGCGCGCCCCAGCUCUGAGGUCAUCAAAGACGCCAACCUGUACAUCAGCGGGCUCCCGCGGACCAUGACCCAGAAGGACGUAGAGGACAUGUUCUCGCGCUUUGGCCGUAUCAUCAAUUCCCGGGUCCUCGUGGACCAGACCACAGGUUUGUCCAGAGGGGUUGCGUUUAUCCGGUUUGACAAACGGUCCGAAGCAGAAGAGGCAAUUACCAGUUUCAAUGGUCAUAAACCCCCAGGUUCCUCUGAGCCCAUCACAGUGAAGUUCGCAGCCAACCCCAACCAGAACAAAAACGUGGCACUCCUCUCACAGUUGUACCACUCGCCUGCCAGGAGGUUCGGAGGCCCCGUGCAUCACCAGGCACAGCGAUUCAGGUUCUCCCCCAUGGGUGUAGACCACAUGAGUGGGCUCUCUGGUGUCAAUGUGCCAGGCAACGCGUCCUCGGGCUGGUGUAUCUUCAUCUACAACCUCGGCCAAGACGCCGACGAGGGCAUCCUCUGGCAAAUGUUUGGCCCCUUUGGCGCCGUCACCAAUGUCAAAGUCAUCCGUGAUUUCAACACCAACAAGUGCAAAGGGUUUGGCUUUGUGACCAUGACAAACUAUGAAGAAGCCGCCAUGGCCAUAGCCAGCCUCAACGGCUACCGCCUGGGGGACAAAAUCUUACAGGUUUCCUUCAAAACCAACAAGUCCCACAAAUAACUCGCUCAUGCUUUUUUUUUUUUUUUUCUUUUUUUCUUUUUUGUACGGAAUAGAUAAUUAAGAGUGAAGAAGUUGAAACUUUUUUUUUUUUUUUUUUUUGUUAGUGUACAACUCAUUUUGCGCCAAUUUUCACAAGUGUUUUUGUCUUAGUCUAAACGGGAAGUGGAAAGGUUUUUAUACUCUGGGAUGCCACCGACAUGUUCAAAUGUUUGAAAUCCCACCAUGUUAGACCAAUUUUACGUUUCUUAAGUUAUUUCCUUUAAAA